UAGUGUAUAGCUUGUUUGGCGUUUCAGCUCCGGUUAUCGCCUAUUGGAAGCAUAUUAAUUUGGAUUUUGCCGCCAACUCUCUCUCUCUCUUUCCUGAGCGUGAGCUCACAGUGAGAAAUGGCGAACGAAUCAGGGUUUUCCAUGGAAGAAUUCGAGUCGUUAAUGGCGACAUCAGAUGUUGAGCUCCUCAAGAGAGCUUGGCGCAACGAAAAAUCUGCUCCAGAAAUUCUUCAAUUCCAGGCUUCUUUGGUUCAGAGAUCUCGCGAACAAAUUCAACUUAUGGAGGGAACCAUCGAGGAGAUUACAAGAAAUGGUUUUGAUCCUCUGAUUGUGUCUGUAUAUCAAAUGGAUAUGGAUCGGGCUCAAUAUAUGUUGAGAUCAUAUCUUCGGACCCGUCUUCAAAAGAUAGAGAAGGAUAUGAUUCACAUCUCUAAAACAGACCUUUGGAAUCGACUUUCAAAAGAGGAACAAAGUUUUUCGAAAAGGUGCUAUGAAAAUAUGAAGAGUUAUCUUGAUGAGUCUGUUCUGUCAAAAUUGCCUAGUGGUUAUCAGUCUGAUCUAAAGCAAUCCAAUGCUAGUGAAGAAGAUGACAUGGUCCCAGAAUCAAAUUUGGAGACGUUUGUGUUUUGCAAGAGUGAGAGUUCUAUUGGAGCCAUCCCACUUGAUGACAGUGCGGAUGAAAUUGUGGACCUGGUUGCUGGUGAUUUAUAUGUACUUCGUUACAAGUCAAUUAAGCCCUUUGUGGAAAAUGGGAAGAUCGAUCUUGUUUGAGGGCUCUUUCUUUCUAAACAUUUACGACCUGAUCUCAGCCUCUCCCCCUCAGCGACUCUGAGAGGGCGUACUGCAAGGAGGUUAGAUAAUAGGGAAGAUGGUGGUGUAGCCUAUAUGAGCAUCCUUGUCCAGUUCACGCUGCUGAUGGUGAUUGUGCUUCUUGCUAACUUGAAUAUUCCCGCGUUAUGGUUGAAAUCGGGGAGAAAUACCUUAAGUAAGGGAUCAGUACUCUGGGAUAUGUUUGUUUUCAUGAGCAUGAUUUCCUUGUCUUGGGUAAUUUUUAGUUCAUUGGAUAUCAAAUAGUGUUAUUCUUUUUAGAGGGGGGUGGGGGUGAUUUGUUUGUGUGGUUCUAGAUCCUUAUUUUUUCUAUUACCAGAAAACAUUCUUUUUAAAAAUUGGCACAUACUACUGAGUAGUAGUUAUUUGGGUUUAUCGUA